AACAGCAAGGGUAUUCAGUAUGCAUCUACAACCGGGGGAAAAAAUGCAGCGCCUACAUCCAUAAUAUUACAGGGGGUGUACGGGAGUGCUGCAGUGGAUGCGCCAGUGUAUACUGGAGUGCUGCAAGGGAGUGUGCAUUCGGAGUGCUGCGGGGUUGCAUUGUUGUUUCUGCGCUGUUAUGAUUGGGAUUGCACUGUGAUUAAUCCUCCUGCUGCGGGAGCUUGCGUGUCCUGGGCGCCCCGUGCAGUUUCCGGACAGUCGCCGGAGCAGUCUGCGGUCGGCCAGGCCGCCGCGGAAAGUGGAGCAGCGGCUGGGUGUCCGGCUCUGCGCCGAGUCCGGUUUAGCGGCGUCGGGACAGCCGGGCGUGGAUGUGGUUGAUGCUGCUGUGCUGCACCUGGAGGGACGAUCGGAUGGGAGAGGAAGAGGGGGAUUGUUUGCCUUGCUGUGCGGGAUGUGGCCGGUCCAUCUAUGAUGGUCAGUACCUCCAGGCUCUUAAUACAGACUGGCACAACGACUGCUUCAGGUGUUGUGAGUGCAACAUUUCUCUCAGCCAUUGGUAUCACGAGAAGGAGGGCCGACUCUACUGCAAGAGGGAUUACUGGGCUCGAUUCGGAGAGCUGUGCCAUGGCUGUUGUGAGCGGAUCACCAAGGGGCUGAUUAUGGUUGCUGGGGAACACAAGUAUCACCCUGAAUGCUUCACGUGCCUGAAGUGUGGUGCGUUCAUCGGAGAUGGUGAUACCUACGCUUUGGUAGAGCGCUCGAAGCUCUACUGUGGUUGCUGCUACUAUCAUACAAUAGUCACACCCGUCAUCGAUCAGAUCCUUCCAGAUUCACCCUGCGCUCGUAUUCCACACACCGUUACCUUGGUCUCGAUCCCAGCCUCGACGGAGGGAAAGCGAGGCUUCUCUGUGUCCAUCGACCAGCCCUGCAGUCCCAGGAGCUGCUCCUCGGACCAUGGACACACCGUACGGGUCAAAGAAGUUGAUACGGACUGUAUCAGUCCAGAUGUGAAAAACUCCAUUCAUGUUGGUGAUAGGAUUUUGGAAAUCAAUGGAACACCAAUCAGGAAUGUGCCUCUAGAUGAGAUUGAUCUUCUGAUCCAGGAGACCAGUCGCUUGCUUAAGUUAACCAUAGAACAUGACCCACACGAUCCGAUGCUGGAGAAUCAAGUGGACACGAUCAGUCCAGUGUCUGACGUCUACAGUCCACAGAGAUCGGGUGCGCCAAAUGGAGAAGAUAGCACAGUCAAGAAACGUCCCAUCGUGAGAAGCUGUAGUAUUGAUAAAUCUCCCAGAGCAGGAUCACCUGUCUCCCAAAAGAAAGACUUGGGCCGUUCUGAGUCCCUGCGAAUUGGCGCCAAGACGCAUCGUAUCUUCCGUCCCUCGGACCUCAUCCAUGGCGAAGUGCUGGGGAAGGGCUACUUUGGGCGGGCCAUUAAGGUAACACAUCGAGAGACUGGAGAGGUCAUGGCAAUGAAGGAACUGAUCCGAUUUGAUGAGGAAACACAGAGGACCUUUCUGAAAGAGGUUAAGGUGAUGCGCUGUCUCGACCACCCAAAUGUUCUCAGGUUUAUCGGUGUCCUUUAUAAAGACAAGAGGCUGAACUUCAUUACAGAGUACAUCAAAGGUGGAACGCUGAGAAGCAUCAUCAAAGAUUUAGACACUCCAUUACCAUGGGAUCACCGAGUGAGCUUUGCCAGGGACAUUGCUGAGGGAAUGUCCUAUCUGCAUUCCAUGAACAUUAUCCACCGAGAUUUGAACUCACAUAACUGUCUCGUGCGAGAGAAUAAAACAUUAGUAGUGGCAGAUUUUGGACUAUCUCGACUGAUGGUCGAUGACAAGAAGCAGGAGAACCAGUCCACCAUGAGGAAGCAGGACAGGAAGAAGCGCUACACCGUCGUGGGAAACCCGUACUGGAUGGCUCCGGAGAUGAUCAAUGGAAAAAGCUACGAUGAGAAAGUUGACAUCUUUUCAUUUGGGAUUGUGCUGUGUGAGCUGAUUGGUCGAGUGAAUGCAGACCCAGACUACCUGCCCAGGACAACAGACUUUGGUCUGAAUGUCCCGGCAUUCUUAGAUCGAUACUGUCCUGAGGAUUGUCCAACAGCCUUCUUUCCGCUUGCGGUUAUGUGCUGUGAUCUGGAUCCUGAGAAAAGGCCAUCCUUCACAAAGUUGGGGCAGUGGCUUUUGGCCCUGAAGCUGCAUGUGGAGAUGCACCUCCCACUCACCUCUGACCUGGAACAGAUCGAUCAGUCCUUCUUCCAGAAUCACUCGAGGAGCAAGGAGAACCUUCUGCAGCCCAUGUGAGGGGGCCGCAC